AAGGAGUACACUACAUUUCUUAGACAGGACGUGAAGACUUUUAAUGGUAUAGACUGAAGCGUAAUUGGUCGGAAGUUUGAAGGAUCAGCGGUGUUGCCUUUCUUAUGAAUUAAAAUUGUACAUGCUCGCUUCCAUUCAGUUGGGACAUUACCAGAGUGCCAAAUUUCAUGAAUAAUUUCGGUAAGGUAACUUCUGAGAAACGAACAUCGCUUGAAACAAAUAAUGGAAAGUUGGUCAAGGGGACAAGGGGAGCCAGACGAUUUCAUUUUCCGUAUAACAUUAGUAACUUGUUGGUAUGUCGGGGGAUUAAGGUUAAAUUGAACUUCGGGGUCACAUAACUUUGGAAUCCAGCUGGGAAUAGUGAACAGUUGAUUAGGAUUAAUUUUAGCCAGAGAUUUAGAAAAAUAAGUGAGGCAAUCAUUCACGUUGAAGGAAGGUAAUAUUGAAUCCUUCUUAUUUAUGAUAUUUUUAAUAUAGCCCCAAAAGUUCCGGGUGAUAUACUUGUCGUGAUUGAGCGUCUGAUUGCAAGAGGCUAGCCCAUCGUCGUUGUUGUUGAUAUUGCGAAGUUUGUUACGCAAUAUUCGAGAGACGUGUCUAAUUUCAUUCCUCCAAAGCGUCUCUCGUAUUCUGCGAUGGAGGUGCGCCGAGAAUGGUGCAUCAGUUUUCCAAACAGGUUUUUUUGCUUUGCGUUACUGGCACUUCCCUAUGUUUGUGUUGUCCCUAUUUCGGGAUUUAUUGAAGAUAUUUACGAAGAUUACACAAUUACGUUCGAAAAUGAAACUUUGGAAAUCAAUCACACGGUCAAUGUUCAUGAGAAUGCAACUCUGACCAUCCAACCUGGUGCAAGUAUAAAGUUUUCUGGAAACGGAAGUUUGAAUGUCUAUGGUAAUCUCGUUGCAAAUGGAACUGAAGCAUUACCAAUUGACAUCAGUUCGCAAACUGGGAAGUAUUUCAACCGCUCAUUGAUGACAUUAGCAGGCUUAGCCUAUUUACCAUGGAAUAUUUUCCAUACAAGCUUGAGGCUUGUUGACGGCAACGGGUAUAACACUGGGCGGUUGGAAAUUCUUCACCAAGGUAUCUGGGGAACUAUCUGCGAUGACGGUUGGUCCCAAAUAAACAGCGAUGUUGUCUGUCGUGAACUCGGUUUUCCAACGGGAACUUUUACGCGAGAAUUUGGAGCAGGAACUGGUCGAAUAUGGAUGGAUGAUGUGCGGUGUACUCAAGCUGAUCGUUCAUUGAGACAAUGUAGCCACCGUGGAUUUGGUAGCCAUAAUUGUAGACACGACGACGACGUUGGAUUAAUAUGUACCGGGCCAAACUUUAAGUUGGAAACAAGUAAUCUAUCGAGAAGCAUAUUCCAUUUUGCCGGCAAAGAAAGAUCGUGUUUAAUCAAUGUUAGAAUACAUGUUCUAAAAGAAGAUCGGUUUCUGGAAGAAAAUUCUUCACUACGCAAGUUUACCAGUUUCAAAGCAAUUGUUUGUGAUGGCGAGUGUCCUUAUCUCAAAAAUGCUGACAUAUCAGGUUUCGCUUUGGCUAUCGAAAUCCGUACCUACGGUAUAGAUAUUUUGUUAGGCGAUAUAAAGAUCACAGACUGUCUCUAUGGUGUUGUGGCAACGAACAAUAAAAUAAACAGCUCUGUGAAAAAUGACCUCAAAUAUAACAAAGACAUGGAAAUACUUCGCUUUAGAAACUUUACGGUUAUCAAUUCUACCGCAGGCGUGUUGCUUAUUGAUUAUUCUUCCUUUAAUAUUGAGUUAGAGGAAUUUACGAUCACAGGCUGCCAUACCGGGGUGGAAAUUUUGCAAACAAUCUUCACGAGAUUUAAGUUGUCAAAAUUGAGGCUCCAAAAUGGCGUCAAUGCCAUCAGGUUACGAAGACACCCAGGGCGCUUUGAGCUGGUCGAUCUUUGUGAUAGCAGCAACAGCGUUUACAACGAAUCAUUUCCUGUCGAAAUCACUUAUUACAGUGGUCACAGCAACCCUUGUUCCAUGGUGUUCGCAACCUCUCCAGACCAGGUUCUGUCAGCUUUUGUUUCAGAUCUUUCAAAUGUCAAGUUGCGGAUUCGCGAUAGCAAUUCAUCUGAACUACUGUUUGAGCUAUCCAGAGAUGAUCUGUCGCAACAAUACAUCGUUGAAUUGAAAAGUAGUGCUGUUAUUGUUGAGAUCGAAUUUGAAAUAUAUUGGUAUUCGAGUAAUCUCAAGAUGUUUCUAUUGAGUCGACCAGAGCGAUCACAAAAGAACGACAUAAACGAGAUUUCGGAUGUAAGUAUACGACAAUUCACGGGGAUUGGAAUCAGGCUUGACGUUAAUCACUACACAACAAUCAUCAAAAAUUCUGAUAUUACAAAUACAAGUACCACGUGCAUAUCCGCGGCGCUUGGACAGGGAUCAAUAUUAAAACUAAUAAACAGCACAUUUAAAUACAACGUCAACGAUUACUCUUCCAUGCUAGAAAUAUCCAUCAAUGGUUAUUCUCUUGUCCAACUAAAUGGAAAUGUGUUUCGUAGUAACCACUUCAAGAACAUUUUGAGACUCCAAACUGUUAAUUCAGGAAUAACAAGAAAAAAUCCAGAUCAUAUAUUGAAAUUAACAAAUAAUACAUUUCAGUACAAUACGAAUCCUAUCAGUGCAACAUCGGCUAUGCUGGAGUUAAUCUACCAUCGCUAUUUUCUUAUCCAAGUAAAUGAAAAUAAGUUUCAGAAUAACCACUUUAAAAACAUUUUGAUAUUCCAAAUUUACGCUUCAAUAUUGCCUAGUUACAGCAGUGGAUCUUCUUUAAAACUAGUAAACAAUACCUUUCAGUACAACAGGAACUCUAUCAGUGCAACGGCUUUGUUGGUAUUUUCCUUCAAUAGCCAUAAUGCUUAUUCGUCUACCCAGAUAAAUGGAAACAUUUUUCAAAGUAACCACUAUGAGAACAUUUUGAAAUUUCAAGCCCUUUAUUCCACAUGGACAAACUCAAGAAACAAAUUGUUAUUACUUGACAACAGCUUAUUAAAUAAUACAGCAAAAAAUUUAGUUGAUUUUACUGAAAAUGCUCAGGUGGUUGUCAUUCGUGGGAAUACAUUGUGGCACAAUGCGGUGGUAAGAAGUGUCUUUAAUCUAGUCAAUAACCAUCCCACGAGCAGUUUGAAUUUCACCAGAAACAGUCUGAUUGCCAAUAUUAUUAUUCAUCGACGCACUCCAAGUUCAUUUUAUGAUAUCAAUGAUGUUGCAGCUGUAAUCUUCUUAAGCAGACAAAUAUUUGUGAAUGAAAAUUUUUUUGAAAACCCAUUUCUUCCUUUGGAAUUGAUGCUUACGCCAAACUUGAAUUCACAUCAUAUAAAUGGGAGAAUGAAUUGGUGGGGAUUAACAGACGUGAACGAUGUAAUUGCGAGAAUUUUUGAUUUCCGUCAUCGAAAUUAUUUACCUCAAUUAAAUUUUUCACCUUUUCUUGCAAGUGCUAAUCUUUCUGACGUCUUUAAAGGGGAGACAAAUAUCAUGUUUAGAAAGGGAAAUGUACUGGGAGGUCUCGUAACUGAAGACAUUAUCCUCGAGAAAGACAAUUCUCCUUUUAUUGUGACGAGAGACAUUAUAAUUUUACAAAAUGCUUCGAUAACUAUUCAAGAAGGUGUUCAAGUCAAUGUGAGUCCACGUAUUGGAUUUCAUGUUUACGGCAAGUUGGAGUUGCUUGGAAAAUUGAGUGCUCCAAUCAAAUUUGAUAUUGCAACGAGUUUGAAAGGAAUUUCCAACUUUGGACAAUAUCCGAUUCGUCUUGUGAAUGGUUCAAAACCAUGGGAGGGUAUUGUUGAAAUACUUUAUAACAAUACCUGGGGAACAAUAUGUGAUGAUUAUAACACGAAUACUAACAAUAUUGUCUUAUGCAAACAGCUGGGAUUUGAGGGUUAUAGUGGCGGCUAUCGUUAUACGCCCAGUUCUGGUAGCGCGAAGCCAGUUUGGUGGAGACAUGUAAGAUGCGACUCAGAUACUUAUAAUGAUAUUGCCAGUUGUUCUUUCCAAGGCUGGGGUGUAUCGUGUUAUCGUAGUCUAUGGACUGUACGCUGUAAUCCUGGCUCCUGGCGCGGAAUACGAUUCCGAGAAACGGCUAAAGCAAGUGAAAUAUCCCAUGUAAAAUUUGAACGUGGUGGAAGUAAUACCCAAUCUCAUAUAAGUCGCUAUGUCUUGCAUUUUGACGUAUUGAGACAAGUCAUUAGAGAUGUAGAGAUUCGCGAGUCUUUCGGUGGAAUUAAAAUUGCUUUUCAAGUACCUGGUUCUAACAUGGCAAAUAUACUGAUUGAAAAUAGGCGCAGAAAUGGCAAUGGAAUUGAGAUAUUUUCGUCACUAACUUGUUAUAAUUGUAGCGUUUUCAACAAAGACAAGGGCGUUUUAAGCGAAACAAUUGGCAUACUAUCAUUUACUGAUGAUCGUGAAAUUAAUUACAUUGAUUCCAUACUGCGAAACAUUAUGAUGAGAAAGGAAAUUUCAAUUUGCGGGCAAAAUAGAGAAAUAACCAUUGGUAGAAAAGACAUGCAGAUUAUCACCACGUCGAGAACGACUUCCUAUUCCUCCACGAAUGUUGAAUGCAUUUUUAAGAUAACACUUUUAUCGGAAGCUAUUUUAACUACAGAAAUAAAGAGAUCAGACAUUGAAAUAUUGACAAUUACCGCGUCAAAAGUAAAUUCAUCAAAAAACAUAAGCCGUUUUAACGCUAGCCACAGCGAUACGUACAACUUUGGACCUGGUUACUUAACUGUACGUUACUGGCGAAGGGCUUAUUCCUAUGGAACAAAUAUUAGAAUUGUUAUCGUCAGUGCAAAAGAAAACGAGGCGUCCUUAUUGAAAACUGAACUUGGAACUGCAAUUUUAGUUGGUGGCUUGCUGGUCAAUAAUUAUUAUGGCAUACGACAAUAUCGCCGCAGUCGUACAAAAGAUCUUAAACUGCAAAAUGUUACCUUGAGGGAUAAUUAUCAUGGCAUUUAUAGCGAAUAUCGCUCCACAAAUCUUUCUCUAGACAAUUGUACUAUAACAGAUGGGUAUUAUGCUAUAUACCUAAGAAAUUAUCGUGAUCAUGUGGGUGAUUUAUUUCCAAUAUCUAUCUCAAAUCACCAAAAACUGGAGAGCUGCGUUAUCCGAAGAAUGAGACGCUCUGUGAUCUAUGUCCGUUAUACUGAUUAUUAUUACCCACGCCGGCAAAUAACGUUCAUAACUUUUCACCGUUGUAUCAUACUCGAAAACGAAAGAAUAUCUGAGGUAGAUUAUUCGUCGCUACUCAAUUUAUAUGUCAGUGAAUGCAGCAUUUCACAUACUCGUAAUAUUGGGUUCAAUAUAUAUCUAUCAGAGUCCAUCAAAAGAGUUUUUUCACUUUCCCUCGACAAGAACUUAAUAUUUAAGAAUUGGGGAAUGCUGUUGAGUUACGGGGCUUAUUCCGUGGACAGUUUGCAAACCCCAAUCACAAUUAGAAAUAACAUUUUUGUAAACAACUCUCUUCGACCAGGAGAUGGGUUAAUAGGCUUCUAUGGCAAAAGAAUAAGAAGUAUAAUCACCACUAUCAACAACAAUACCUUUAUCAAAAACAAGUGCUCCUUUAUGAUAAAAGUUGAUUUUGAAUCGAAUCGGAUGCCGCAAACGUUUGUGAUAAAAAACAACAUUUUGGAACAAAAUGAAGCCGUUCCCUCAAAUAAACAGAGAUAUAUUGAGGCUGGUGUCACAUCUUACACGGUUGGGCUUUUUGGAUGCAUGUUUAGCAAUUAUGAUAUUCAUGGGAAUAUUUUCAAUAACGAGAAAAUGAAGAAAGAGUUGUUUGUCGGACGUACAUGCGGUACGAAUUACUUUUCAAAUGCAAUUGAUGCUACACUUAAUUAUUGGGGCACGUCAUCCAGCGAAAACUUAACGGAAAGAAUUUUUCACGCUGACAAUUGGAAUGACAGACCAAGAAUAAAGUACCUUCCAGCUGCUGCUACACGGAAUUUCACGACAAUUAUAAAGCAAAAGAUACAUGCAUACUUGAACCGAUCCAAUAUUGGUGGUUAUUUGCCUUCUUCUCUGCGUCUGACAACAGUAAACAGUCCAUAUGUCGUUAUGAAUGAUUUAACAAUAUCCGAAAACGCCACACUGGAUAUUGAGCCAGGCGUUCAAUUGUACUUUAAACCGCACAUUGGUUUGCUAAUUCUUGGAAAUAUCAUCGCCCGUGGAACAACGAAUGAAAAAAUAAAGUUCUGCUCUUUGAAAAAUAAGUGCCAAGUUAGGUCACAUAGUAGGGUCCGACUUUUUGGAGGAGAUGAAGAAUAUAAAGGAAAACUGGAAGUUCUUGUUGAUGGAAUUUGGCAGAGUGUAUGUUACUAUUACUUUACUUCAAAAGAUGGGACAGUGGCCUGCAGGCAAUUGGGUUAUGGUAAAUACAUUAAUCAUUAUGGAAGAUCCCACAAUACUGAUCCUCAUUACAAAGUUUCCUUGAACUGUCGUGGUAAUGAAACUUCUCUAUUCAACUGCAAGAACCAAAGUGUUAGUCACUGUGGCUACAGCUGGUAUGCCUAUAAAUACGUAUUUCUCGAAUGUGAAAGGAAUUAUAAAUGGGGCGGUGUACGCAUUGUCCAUGGAAACAUCGUCAAUUCGAGUAGUGGUUAUAAAGGACAAAAUGAACAGUCGUCAUUAGAAAAUAUUUUCAUUAACGAUGCGAGUACAUUGCAUGGGCAAGCUGUGUCUUCUAUCCAGGUUAUAGGACGUUCCCCAUUAAUGACAAAUGUUCAUAUCAGUGAAAGUAACGGGAUUGAAAUUAUUGCGCAAAGGCGUACAAUGGCGCUAGAAAAUGUUAUUUUCGAGAGCAGUUUGGAAUUUCCAGCAAUAUCGAUUCUGGGAAACAAAGGAUCAGUUUCAAUCUCCCGGUGUUCAUUUGAAAGAGGAAAGCAACAUGGGAUAGCUAUUGCCCCAAUUAAAAACAUCACCUUCAUGUAUCCGUAUCUCGGCCACAAUUUGUGCAAUUCCGUUCAAAAAGUCUACGUCGACGAUGAAUCAUAUAUUUAUCUAAGUGAAAAGGAUACAAUUACAGGCAUAUUUUGUGGUUUAGAAAUAUCAUCUCCGAACAAUACAACAAUUCAUUUCCGACUGCUAUCCUGGGUGAGAAGUUCGUACACUGUAAAUGUUUAUAAUGGUGAUCGUUCCUCGACAAUCGCAAGCAUGCACGAUUGGAACGUUAAUCAAUAUGAACACAAAGUUAUUGUGAUUCCAUCAAAUUCAGUGUUGAUAGAGGCAGACAUAUCAACAUUGAGAGGAUUUUUAGCUGAAAUUAAAGUCAUUGGUCAAACAGGGACAUCCAAGCAGAAACCGGAGAUCAACGUUAAUAUUGAAGAAUGUAAUUUUCAAGAAAUUUCUGGUUCAGCGGUUCAUUACACUUCAGAUCCUGAACUCGCCAGCACAGUAACGAUUAAACGUAGCCACGUGACUUUACAAGGAAACAAAAAAACCAAAUACGGCAUCAAUUGA